CCUCGUACCCAAGUAAUGAUUCUUCUACAAUUGUAACGAUCGGGCGGGCGUCGUCGAUCGCUUCUCCAGUCAGUACGGGAUUGCGAUCUAGCGCGAAAGCAUCCAAUCAAAUCGCAACGGUUCGGUUGUUCGGUCAGUCGGUCGGAAAUGGUAGCUCUGUCAGUGGCGCAGGUGUUGAUUGUACUAGUGGCAGCCGUUUUUGGCAAGGUCAGUGCGGAUAAUGUGCUGGCAGACGACGAAGAGGUCGUCAACGCAACGCGGACGAUCAACGAAAACAUUGCGGCCGCACAAAUCUCUCUGGAACCGCUGAAAAAUGAACCACUUUCGACGGACUACCUGAAGCUGGGAAGUCAAGGUUUGCAGGAGUACAUGUCAAAUUUAACAGCAAAACUCGCACCGGUUUUCAAAGAUUUCGAACAAAAUGACCUUGAACUGGUCCAGCACAGUUUGAUCGAAGCUAUUCGGUAUCUGAACGGAUACGAUGUAGUGAAUAGUAUCUCCCUGCUGCAGAACGUCGAUUACAAUCUUUUCAAUCACAACCAGUUCCGGUCGAUCAACAGCGAUCUGCGGAUCGGUUCGAUUGCGCUGUCCGAGGCGCUGUUCAAUCAACGUGACGUGAGCCCUUCACUCGAUGAUCUACUGGCAACCACGGAUAAGUUAGUGGAAAACGUUGUCCGCCUGUCCGACAUCGUCCAACGAGGUGAAGCAUGGUCCAUGGAAACGAACUCCCGAGCGAUGGCAGCUCAACGUGCUUUCAACGAAUCGAUCGAUAACUAUCUUAACGCUUCCGCCGUUAAGCUCGAGGAUUUGACUGAAUCUCUCACGGCUCUUCGAACCUACGAGGAGGAGUUGUAUCAAAAAAUGAAGGAACGAAUUCCGCUGUUUCCCAAAUCAACCGCCAACUACUUUAUCGCACUGAAAAAGUCUCUGGAAAAUCUGAUCCAGAGGACGAUCAUCAACUUCGAGAAUAUGCGCCUCUACAAACACCGAGACAUCGAACAGUGGAAGAUCCGGUCGUCGAUUUCCGCUCCGAUUGCCUACAUGACGCAAAUCGCAGUGCAAGUGUCGGCCGAUCUGAUGCUCGCGAACGACUGUACCGAGGCUUACAUCGAGAAACUGUUGGCUUUCCCCAACUUCACCAUGACUCACGUGCACGGAUGUCUAGCGGAACAGAUCUCGAACGAGGAGAAAACCUUCGACAUCAUCGCGAACGUCAUCGAUACGUACGUGGCGAGUGCGAUCAACGCAUCGUACGGGGCGUUCGAUAUCUGCUUCCGGUACGCACCGAAGAAGCUCAACUACUGUUUGGAUUUGAACGGCUACGAGAAUACCUGGGCCAACGCUAGAAUACUGACCGCUUCCCGACAAAUCGAAUCGUUCAUCGAUAGCGAGAUUCAGAACAACUUCAACACGUGUAUCGCCCAGAUGGGAUACUUUCUGAACUACCAUAACCUGCAGGAAAUGUGUUUCUAUAACAAAAAACGGAACCGGCCCCGUGGUCGUUGGUGAUCAAUAGCUUGGUGUAUUCAUUUGUUGUUUCAUUAAAAAUAAAAUGUUAUUCAAAAAUA